AUGUCGCGGUCAGGUGCCCGUGGGAGUAUGUGGCUCCUGUCUCCUAUCCACGCCUUGGCUGACGCUCUCCCAGUCGCGUUACCUUUCUUCUCUACCACCAUCAUCCACACUCUCAAAGAUUUCUUCGUAUCCUCAUAUAUCAUCAUUAUGAAUUCUACCCAGAUUGAUACCCCUGCAGCUGUACAGGAUCACGACGUUGACCGUUGUGUCGCCACCCCCCCAGUCGCUGGUAGCCCCCUGUCUCUCGAUUCGACUGCUGCGAACGCUGCAGAAGAGAUCGGUACCACUUUAGGAGACUACUUGCCUAUGCCAGAGCCUUGCACGUUGGCUACGACUGUAGAGGCCCCUUGUACCGGAACCUCCUCUUUGGUGUUCCCAUUGUUGUCAGCCACUGCCGCCACGCCAGCCAUCUUCAUCCAUGCAUGCGAAUUGGACAACAAGACCCUCCGUAUCUUCCGAGAAGCUGCCACUCAACAUCAACAGUCUUGGACUCGAGGCGUUCCAGCCUCCAGCUUUCCCGACAGGUCCCAGGCAAUUGGUGGCGGCAAAGGCAUGAUGUCCCUUGCCUCGCGCGUUGAUAGGCGCAUCGUGUAUGAGGAAGACUUGCAUUUGUUACGUCCCCCGCGUCCGAGUAUCAGAAAGCAGCCGCUCUUCGGGCACCCGUUUCCUCGUUCUUCGAGUACCAGCCAGCGUGGCAGAAAGCGGGAGCAAAAGGACCUCAGGCCCCGAAAUGUGCGCCCCAAAAGUUAUCAUGCGCCUGUCACAGUGCAGCGGUGUAUCGAGCAAGAGCACAACAGCAUCAACGGCGGGGCGCACAGUAUUGCGGACGUAGAGUCGGGCUUUCAGAUUCUCUACCGCAGGAUCAAGGUCGCCUAUCAAGGGUACGCUGCAAGAGUGGCUGGCUACGUUGGAAGGAGUAUCGCCUCGGGUCCGGGACGCGGUAGCUUGGGGGCUGGAAGGACUGGCGGAGGGUCGGCGGGUAUGGUCUGA